AUGGCUUCUGAGACCCACAUGCCAGGCCCAGUGUGCCUCAUUGAGAAUAUUAAUGACCGAUUGGUGGCUAAUGAGGAAGCUCUGAAGAUUCUGUCUGCCAUUACCCAGCCUGUUGUAGUGGUGGCUAUUGUAGGCCUCUAUCGCACAGGCAAAUCCUACUUGAUGAACAAGCUGGCUGGGAAGAAAAACGGCUUCUCCGUGGGCUCCACUGUGCAGUCCCACACCAAGGGAAUCUGGAUGUGGUGUCUGCCUCAUCCUAUGAAGUCAGACCAGACCCUAGUUCUGCUUGAUACUGAGGGACUUGGAGAUGUUGAGAAGGAAGACAAUCAGAGUGACUCCUGGAUCUUUGCCUUGGCAAUACUGCUGAGCAGCACCUUCAUAUACAACAGCAUGGGAAUCAUCAACCAGCAAGCCAUGGAACAACUGCACUAUGUGACUGAGCUGACAGAUCGAAUCAGGGCAAAAUCCUUGCCCAGUAUCAGGGAGGCUGAUGAUUCAGCUAACUUUGUGAGCUUCUUCCCUUCCUUUGUGUGGGCUCUCAGAGAUUUCUCCCUAGAUCUGGAAGCAGAUGGACAACCCAUCACUGCUGAUGAAUACCUGGAGCGUUCACUAAAGCUAAAACAAGGUACUGAUCCAAAGAUUAAAAGCUUUAAUGAGCCUCGAUUAUGCAUCCGAAAGUUCUUCCCUGAGAAGAAAUGCUUUAUUUUUUACCAACCUGUUGAGACCAGGAACCUUACUAGUCUUGAGAACCUCCAGAAGGAAGAGUUGAACCCUGAGUUUGUAAACCAAGUUGAAAAGUUCUGCUCCUACAUAUUCAGUCAUUCCAAGGCCAAAACCCUUUCAGGUGGCAUCAUUCUCAAUGGAACACGGCUAGAGAAAUUAAUACAAAUCUAUGUCGAUACCAUCAGCAGUGGGAAACUGCCAUGCAUGGAGAACGCAGUCCUGGCCUUGGCUAAAACAGAGAACUUGGUUGCAGUGGAAAAGGCCAUUGCCCAUUAUGACCAGCAGAUGGGCCAGAAGGUACAGCUGCCCACAGAAACCCUUCGGGAACUGCUGAACCAGCAUAGAAACUGUGAGAAAGAGGCCAUCGAGGUCUUCAUGAAGAACUCCUUCAAGGAUGUGAACCAAAAGUUUCAGAAGGAAUUAGAGGAGCUGUUAUACACAAAGCGAGAAGAUUACUGUAAACAGAAUAAAAAAGCAUCCACAGAGUUUUGUAAGACUUUGAUUCAGGAAAUUUUUGGCCCUCUAGAAGAAGACGUGAAACAAGGGAUAUUUUCUAAAGCUGGAGGUUAUCAUCUCUUUAUUCAGAAGAAAGAAGAGUUGAAGAAGAAAUACUACCAGAUGCCCAAAAAGGGAGUACAGGCAGAAAAGACACUGAAGACGUACUUGGAAUCCAAAGAUGAUGUGGCUAACAAAAUUCUACAGGUUGACCAGUCACUGACAGAAAGUGAAAAAGAGCUUGAAGUGGAACGUACAAAAGCUGAACUUGCAGAUUCUUUUACAAAACUUCUGAACGAAACCCUAAAGAUGAAUGAGGAGAUGAUGAAAGAGAGAGAAAAAAGUUUUCAGGAACAUAUAAGACAACUGGCUGUGAAAAUGGAGGCAGAGAUGACCCAGCUACUGGCAGAGCAAGGAAGAAUUUUUAAUCUGAAAAUGCAGGAACAUGAACAACUUCUCCAGGAAGGAUUUGCACAUGAAAGCAAGAAAAUACAAAAAGAAAUUGAGACUCUCAAGAAGGAAAUCAAUAACCAAGGCUGUUUACUGCUGUAA